UUCGUUGGCUGUGCGAGUAAUAGGUUCAGGACAAGAUCAAGACGUGUGUGCGGAGGGGUAUCAUGGCGCUGCCCUUUCCCGGUUAUGACGGUCUGGCCGACAUCGAUCUGGCGGCAGAGCCCAUGGACGGCGCGUCGUUCCUGCUGACCUCGCGCAUCCGUGCACUCAAGGCCGGCAACGUCCUCCCACAAGUGCCUGACGCAUUUACGGUUGUCCGUCCCGUCGACUCUGGCGGCGACGAUGGCUGGUCCGACGGCGACGAUGGGUGGCGCCAAGGCGACGACGGCGAGCUGGCCGCUGACGGCCAGCGAGUCGCUGCCGAGAUCUGGUCCCCAGCCGCUCGCGUAGGCAAAUGGUUCGAUCCAGAGUGGGUGGUGGCGACGUUGCGUGCGUUUGCUGUCCUCCGUGCGAGCUGGCGGCGAGAUGUGGCGGCUAGCGCCGAGAACAGCCCGCUGACCUGCGCUGAUCUGGACUGGCGGGCUCUGCCGCGGACGGCUGAUCUCUGCCGUCUGUCGCCUGCAGAGGUGACUCAGGCGGUGUGGAGCGUCACCAAACAGGUGGCAAGCGAAGGAGAGGCGCUAGUUUGGGCAUGGGCUCUGCUGGUGGCCAUCCACCCGCCGCCGCUUGGCCCGACCUGA